UUCUCCUCGCAGAAAGAUUAGCUGAAAACGGUGUAGCCAAGCAAGCUUGCAUGGACUAUCACGGCGCCAGCUUCGCUCGCUUUCACCAGAGCUCGCGUCCUCCGCCAUACCCACAAGCCGCGGACCGAAACGAUGCGCUCCUCUCAUCGUCAUCGUCAGACCCAUGUCUUCGCAUCUCCCAGCUCUUCGAACCCGGCCCCAGUUUCACCUUCUCCGCCCUUCCCCAACCUCGGGGGCGCGAUCCCUUCCACGCCGGCGCCGGUCCCGGAGCCGUCGCCGCACUGCCCGGUGCGGCCCCGUUGACCCCCUUGAGCUCUCACGCGGCCCACCAUGCUGACGUGGCACCCGGCUACGCGGCGUAUCAGGCGGCGAGUGCGGCGAGUUUGGCCGCCGCGGCGGGGAUUCAACAAUUUGGGGUGGACCCAGCUACGUAUGGAGGAGUUCAACUUGCAGUACCUACAGAUAGGACAGGACAAUUGGCUGCUAUAAAUCUCAACCCCGCCUUCUGGAGUAAUCCCAAAGUUAAGCCUCCCAAAAUUGGUGGAUGGAAGAAGAAGCAUCCAAAGAAAACAAAGCUCGUACAAUCUGCUUACUGUGGAACUUGCAAUGUCAACUGUAACAGCAAAGACAUGCUUGAUCAGCACAAAUUGGGAAAGAAGCACAUGAAGAAUCUUGAGAAGCUAAGAGGGGUAACUAACGCAACUCCCAUCACUUCAAACGGGUCAUGCAAUCCACUAAUCGGGCCACCCGAGAACCCCAAUCAGCACAGCGGGGUUACCAAGCAAAAUGUUAGAAAGAAGGCAGCAUCUCAGCCCGCGGAGGACCUGGAGACGAAGAGGAGGAGGGUUGUCCAAGGUGGGGCGGCAGCAGAUGCAGUUAGGACAUGCACCAUAUGUAACGUGGUGUGCAACAGCGACACGGUAUUUAUGCACCACCUAACCGGACGGAAGCACGCCGCCGUGCUGAAGAAACGGGCAGCUGGAUCAUGAGCGCGUCUCCCUCUUUUAUUUUCCGUUUUUUGUGAUUCCGAGUUACCGAUCCCCCAUGGUUUAUGUACAGAAAGAUGGUGGGUGGGUGAGGUUCGUUUUUGGCCUCUUCUGUUACGCUCAACAGUCAACUACAUCUUGAGAUCCUUGUCUCUGAGAUUACAAGUCCGGAAUCAUUCUUUUCAAUGGACUGACCGGGCAUGACGAUUGAACGAUA